AUGGAUUAUAUACACAUCGUUAACAUCACUCGUCCUGGAAUCCUGGUUUCGGGUUGGCAGAAAGUUUAUAAUUUAUUUGGCGGAAAUGAACUAAUGUUGAAUGUUGUUGGGACAUGGCUUGUGGUUAAUAUUACAUUCUGGUCCCUUGCUUUACUGCAUCUUUAUGUUGAUCUAACGAAAAAACCAAACUUUAUAUGGAAGUAUAAAGUACAGCAAAAUAAAAAUGCACCAUUGGAUCCAUUGCAUCUUCCUCGUGUAUUUAAGACAACCCUCUUCAACAUGGUGGUGAUGUUCCCUCCAACAUCGUUGCUGCUCUAUCCCGGUGCUCUCUGGCGUGGUAACAGUUGCUCAGUUGCCGAUGUACCUACGAUUCCAAGAAUCUUAUUUGAUUUGAUGGUUUCUCUCGUUUUCGAUGAAAUCGUUUUCUAUUAUUCUCACAGGUUACUACAUCAUCCGUACUUGUAUAAAAGAAUCCAUAAGAAGCAUCAUGAAUGGACAGCACCUUUCGGUUUAGUGGCGGUCUAUGCCCAUCCCAUAGAACACUUACUGAGUAACACAUUAACGGGGUUCGCCGGUUCAUUUGUUGCCGGUUCCCAUCUAUUAUCUGUAUGGAUCUGGCUUGUUUGUUUCCUGUCAUGGACUGUCAACCACCAUUCGGGAUAUCACCUACCGUUCAGCAGGUCUGCCCAAUUCCACGACUUUCACCACGCAAGGACUUAUUGUAAUUUUGGUGCACUUGGAAUUCUUGACUACCUGCACGGAACUGAUUCAUUAUUCCAAGGAACUGUGGAGUCCCGACGAGAUAAAACAUACUUCAGUUUGACGCCCAUCUCCGAGACCAUUCCUGAUACCAAGAAAAACUGACACGAACCCAAUUUGUAGUGAUGGUUGAUCAAAUAACACAAUUGCUGCAAACUGCCAUAUAUGUAUAUACAACAAUAGCAGAAUUACAUUGUAUGAAUGCUACCUG